UAUACAACCAUCAAUGAAAACAUAAAUUAGUUCCAAACUGACAUUGUUGCAGUGGUUGAUGGUUUCUUCACUAUGGACAUGUCUCAAUCCUAUUAAGUAUCUUUGACAUUGCCGUCAUUAAAGAAAAGCAGAAAAGAUAGCGGAUCCCUCCAGCCGAAUAAAGGGUGCUAUGAAAAUGUAGCUCCUUGUACGGUCCGGUCUUCCAUUUCUGCUCUUCCUCACUUCAGCUUAUUUCAGAUUGCUAAACAACUUAAUAGGAGUGCAAAGUGUGUGUCAUUGAUAUGGGAGAUGUGGCGAAAGAUCUUGCUGCUGGAACCGCUGGGGGAGCAGCUCUAUUGAUAUGUGGGCACCCAUUUGAUACAAUUAAGGUCAAGCUCCAAAGCCAACCUGUUCCCCUUCCUGGCCAACGACCCAAGUAUUCUGGAGCGAUGGAUGCGCUCAAACAAACCUUAGCUUCAGAAGGCCCAAGAGGUUUGUACAAAGGUAUGGGAGCUCCGUUGGCUACAGUUGCUGCACAAAAUGCUGUUCUCUUCACUGUCAGAGGACAACUAGAGUCCUUCUUUAGGACUUAUCCUGGUGCUUCCCUUGAAGUUAAGCAACAAGUGGUUUGUGGGGCUGGGGCUGGCAUUGCAGUCUCUCUUGUAGCUUGUCCAACUGAGUUGAUUAAGUGCAGACUACAAGCUCAGAGUGCAUUAGCAGCAUCCAAUUCAGUUGGUGUGGCAGUGAAGUACGGUGGUCCAAUGGAUGUAGCCAAGCAUGUUCUAAAAUCACAUGGAAUAAAUGGUCUUUUCAAGGGUAUGGUUCCAACUUUGGCAAGAGAGGUGCCUGGGAAUGCAGUGGUUUUUGGUGUAUAUGAAUUGCUAAAACAGCAGUUUGCAGGAGGUCGAAAGACUUCUAAUCUUGGAAGAGGGUCUCUGAUGGUGGCUGGCGGUGUAUCUGGAGCUGCUUACUGGCUAGCUGUGUAUCCAACUGAUGUUAUCAAAAGUGUGAUUCAAGUAGAUGAUUUCAAGAACCCAAAAUUCUCUGGUUCUAUGGAUGCUUUCAGAAAAAUCUUGGCCUUAGAAGGAGUUAAAGGCCUAUACAAAGGUUUUGGACCUGCCAUGCUUCGAAGUGUCCCUGCCAAUGCAGCAUGCUUCUUGGUCUAUGAAAUCACCAGAUCCAGUUUAGGCUAAUUAAACAUUUCUUUUGGAACUUCUUCUUCUCUAUGUCUGAAUGCAUAUUGGUUAUACAAUGUCUAACCAAAAAUAAAACUAAACUCAUUAACCCUUUCAUUUCAUUGUCGGUAUCUAUAGAGAACUGCUAGAGUAACGUUGUACCAUUUAUUACCUAUAUAUUAUACACUUUUGAGGUGCCCUUCACUCUCAUGAAAAAA